AGGACUUUGGUUUUUGUUUUCUCUCUCAUUCGCCUUUCCAUUCUUUCGUUCUUUCUUUCAUCUUCACAUCGUCGUCGAUUAAUCCAAAUCCCUCGUCGUUUCACUCAAAAUCGGAAGUUACCGCCGCCGCCGUCGCAACCGGCGAUUCUCAGCCACUACCUCCGCCUAACCUGCCUCAUUCUAAAUCUCACUUUUUAGCGUUUACCUAUAAACCGUAAACUGAUUUUUUUGCUCUGUUCCUCCGUUUUCCCUUAUUUCGAUUUCCGCCACCGGCGAUUUCGUUUCCGGUGAGUCUAUUGUUCGGAGGAAGAGGUGCGCACGAUUAUUAACCUGCGCACCGUCGGUUCAUCGCGGUUCCUUUCCUUUCGGAGCCGAAUUCCAUAGAACUCUGUUUCGCUCUCUGUUUGGUGAAAGGUUUUUGGGAGACAUCAUAAACAAAAGCAUCAAGCAAUAUAUAGGACUAAUUUGUUUACUAUGAUUAAUCACUUUCACUGUGACGGAGAUUGAAGUUAAGAAGAUUUAAGUUAGUUAUACAUCACAGGAUGGCUUUCUUUAGGAAUUUUCUAAAUGAUAAUGUCUCCCAUAGCGUCAUUGAAGAUAAAGACCAAGAACAGAAUGCUGAUAGAGUACAUAGAUCAGUAGGUAAUGAGUGUGUGGAUGCAACGUCUGGUGAGAAGGAAUUUGAUAUGAACAUGGAGGCACAAUACCAGAGUGAUGGUGAGCCAGAUGGGGCUAAUGGAAUGCAAAAUGAAGCAACAACUGAUGAUGGAGUUGGUGAGAGAGAAUCAAACUUAGAGACUACUGGUAGUAAAACAGCUAUGGUUGGAGAGUGGGGUUCAACAUUUUUUCAGGACUGCCGGCCUAUGUGCCCUCAGGAUGGUUCUGACUCUGGGCAGGAAUCGAAAAGUGGAUCAGAAUAUAGAAAUGAAGAUGUCUCUGAAGAAAAUUCGUUUGAUGGAAGAGGGGACAGAUUAGACUCAGAGGAUGAUGAAGGACAAAAUGAAGCAGGAAAAGCUCCAAGAGGCCAGUCUGUGAAUUCAUGGCCUCAUCGGAUGUCCAACAAUGCCAACAGCACUGGGCGUAGGAGGUCUAGAAUUGUAGAUGAUGGCGAAGAUGAUGAUGGUGAUAAUGAUGAUGACGACGGUGAUGCUGAUUAUGAGGAGGAGGAUGAAGGAGAUGAAGAUGACCCGGAUGAUGCAGACUUUGAGCCUGCAGCAGGUGGUCGUGCUGCAAACAAGGAUAAAGAUUGGGAAGGUGAAGGCUCUGAUGAAGAUGAUGACAGUGAUGUAAAUCUAGAUGUUUCAGACGAUGAUGAUGACGACGACGAUGACGAUUCUUACUAUGCCAAAAAACCCAAGGCAAGGCAAAGAGGUAAAGUUGGACGAAGCAUAAAGUCUAGUAGAGAUCGCAAAACAUAUGCUUCGUCUGGUCGACAGAGAAGAGUUAAAUCUUUUGAAGAUGAGGAAUCAACAGCAGAUGAUUCUGACAGUGAUAGUGAUGAGGAUUUCAAGAGCGUAAAGAAGAGAGGAGCUCAUGUCCGCAAGAAUAAUGGUCGCUCUUCUGCAGCCAGUAGUUUAUCUUUGCGCAACAGUGAGGUUCGCACGUCUAGUAGAUCAGUUCGGAAGGUAUCAUAUGUUGAAAGCGAAGAAAGUGAAGAAGCUGAUGAAGGGAAGAAGAAAAAGUCACAGAAGGAAGAGAUUGAAGAGGAUGAUGGUGACUCUAUUGAAAAAGUGCUUUGGCAUCAGCCGAAGGGCAUGGCUGAAGAUGCUCAAAGGAAUAAUAGAUCAACAGAGCCUGUUUUGAUGAAUCACUUGUUUGAGUCUGAAAUUGAUUGGAGCGAGAUGGAAUUCUUGAUAAAAUGGAAGGGCCAGUCGCAUUUGCACUGUCAGUGGAAGUCUUUUGCUGAGCUGCAAAAUCUUAGUGGUUUCAAGAAGGUUUUGAAUUAUACUAAGAAGAUAAUGGAGGACAUUAGAUACAGGAAGACAAUCUCUAGAGAGGAGAUUGAGGUCAAUGACGUGAGUAAGGAGAUGGAUUUAGAUAUUAUUAAACAAAACAGUCAGGUGGAAAGAAUAAUUUCAGAUAGGAUCAUUAAAGAUAAUGGUGGCAAUGUUAUUCCUGAAUACUUGGUCAAGUGGCAAGGAUUAUCCUAUGCUGAAGCGACCUGGGAAAAGGACACUGAUAUUGCUUUUGCUCAACAUGCUAUUGAUGAGUAUAAGGCUCGUGAAGCUGCAAUGUCUGUUCAAGGAAAGACGGUAGAUUCCCAGCGCAAGAAGAGCAAAUUAAGUCUGCGGAAGCUUGAGGAACAACCUGAAUGGUUGAGGGGUGGAAAGCUCCGUGAUUAUCAGCUUGAGGGUCUGAAUUUUCUUGUUAACAGUUGGAGAAAUGAUACGAAUGUCAUUUUAGCUGAUGAAAUGGGUCUUGGUAAAACUGUUCAGUCAGUUUCAAUGCUUGGUUUUCUACAGAAUGCCCAGCAAAUCCAUGGCCCUUUUCUUGUAGUUGUACCACUGUCUACUUUAUCAAACUGGGCCAAAGAAUUCAGGAAGUGGCUUCCUGAUAUGAAUAUCAUUAUAUAUGUUGGAACUCGUGCAAGUCGAGAGGUUUGUCAACAAUAUGAAUUUUACAAUGAUAAAAAGCCUGGAAAACCUAUUAAGUUCAAUGCGCUGUUGACUACAUAUGAAGUAGUUUUGAAAGACAAGGCUGUUCUCUCCAAGAUCAGAUGGAGUUAUCUGAUGGUAGAUGAGGCUCAUAGACUAAAAAAUAGUGAGGCGCAGCUAUAUACAACACUUUCAGAAUUUAGCACCAAGAACAAGUUACUUAUCACUGGAACUCCUCUACAGAACAGUGUUGAAGAACUAUGGGCUUUGCUGCACUUCCUUGAUCCUGACAAGUUCAGUAGCAAGGAUGAUUUCGUACAGAACUAUAAGAAUCUGAGUUCUUUCAAUGAGAAUGAGCUUGCAAAUCUUCAUAUGGAAUUGAGGCCUCACAUACUGCGAAGAGUUAUCAAAGAUGUCGAGAAAUCGUUACCCCCUAAAAUUGAACGUAUCCUUAGGGUUGAAAUGUCUCCCCUUCAGAAACAGUAUUAUAAGUGGAUUUUGGAGCGCAAUUUUCAUGAUUUGAACAAAGGAGUUCGCGGGAAUCAGGUUUCCCUUCUAAAUAUUGUAGUGGAAUUAAAGAAAUGCUGUAACCAUCCCUUCCUGUUUGAAAGUGCUGACCAUGGCUAUGGUGGGGACUCUGGAAGUAGUGACAACAGUAAGCGAGAGAGAAUUGUCUUUAGCAGUGGCAAGCUUGUCAUACUUGACAAGCUACUUGUCAGAUUGCAUGAAACCAAGCAUCGUGUUCUGAUUUUCUCUCAGAUGGUCAGGAUGUUGGAUAUACUGGCAGAGUAUAUGUCGUUACGCGGGUUUCAAUUUCAGAGACUUGAUGGCAGUACAAAAGCUGAGCUUCGUCAGCAGGCAAUGGAUCACUUUAAUGCACCUGGAAGUGAGGAUUUUUGUUUCCUCCUUUCAACACGUGCAGGAGGUCUGGGUAUCAACCUUGCAACUGCAGAUACUGUCAUUAUAUUUGAUUCAGAUUGGAACCCUCAAAAUGAUCUGCAGGCAAUGAGUAGAGCUCAUAGAAUUGGCCAACAAGAAGUUGUGAACAUAUAUAGAUUUGUGACGAGCAAAAGUGUUGAGGAGGAUAUUUUGGAACGUGCCAAAAAGAAGAUGGUUCUUGACCACUUGGUCAUACAAAAAUUAAAUGCAGAGGGUAGACUGGAGAAGAAAGAAGCAAAAAAAGGAGGAUGCUUUUUUGACAAAAAUGAGCUAUCCAAAAUAUUACGAUUUGGAGCAGAGGAGCUUUUUAAGGAAGAAAGAAAUGACGAAGAAAGCAAAAAACGACUCUUAAGUUUGGAUAUAGAUGAGAUUCUUGAAAGAGCAGAGAAGGUUGAAGAGAAGGAAGCUGAGGGAGAACAAGGAAAUGAGUUAUUAAGUGCAUUUAAGGUGGCCAAUUUUUGUAAUGAUGAAGAUGAUGAAAGCUUUUGGAGUCGUUGGAUUAAGCCCGAUGCUAUAGUCCAAGCAGAGGAUGCUCUUGCUCCGCGUUCUGCAAGGAAUAUUAAAAGCUAUGCAGAGGAUAAUCAAUCUGAAAGAAGUAAUAAAAGAAAAAAGAAGGAUCCUGAACCACCUGAACGAGCUCAGAAACGCCGGAAAGCAGAGUACUCAGCUCCUGCAGUACCAAUGAUUGAUGGAGCAUCUGCCCAAGUGAGAAAUUGGUCAUAUGGGAAUUUAUCUAAAAGAGAUGCACUCCGUUUUUCUCGUUCAGUUAUGAAAUAUGGGAAUGAGAGCCAAAUUGACUUGAUUGUUGCUGAGGUUGGUGGUGCACUUGGAGCUGCUUCACUUGAAGCACAGUGUGAACUCUUCAAUGCUCUAAUUGAUGGCUGUACAGAGGCAGCAGAACUUGGCAGUCUGGAUCCAAAGGGGCCUUUGCUGGAUUUUUUCGGUGUCCCAGUGAAGGCGAAUGAUCUACUUGCCCGUGUCCAGCAACUUCAACUCCUAGCAAAGCGUAUUAGUCGGUAUGAAGAUCCCAUUCAACAGUUCCGUAUUUUAUCAUACCUCAAGCCUUCAAACUGGUCGAAAGGUUGUGGAUGGAACCAAAUUGAUGAUGCAAGAUUGCUUCUUGGAAUACAUUUUCAUGGAUUUGGUAAUUGGGAAAAGAUUAGAUUAGAUGAACGGCUUGGUCUUAACAAAAAAAUUGCACCAGCAGAACUCCAACACCAUGAAACUUUCUUGCCACGAGCUCCAAAUUUGAGAGAUCGCGCAAAUGCCCUUUUGGAGCAGGAACUUGCUGUUCUUGGUGUGAAAAAUGCUAAUACCAGGGCUGGACGGAAACCUUCCAAGAAAGAAAGAGAACAUAUGAUGAACAACACGCCACUGUUGCGUGGGCAGGAGAAGAAGAAAAUGGGUUCUGCUAAAGUCAAUGUCCCAAUGAGAAAGGAUAGACCUCAGAGACCGCAGAAGGUUGAACCUAUAGUAAAAGAGGAGGGCGAAAUGUCAGAUGAUGAGGAAGUAUAUGAGCAGUUCAAGGAAGUAAAGUGGAUGGAAUGGUGUCAAGAUGUGAUGGUUGAAGAAAUGAAAACUUUGAAACGGCUUCACAGGUUGCAGACAACCAGUGCAAAUCUUCCAAAGGAAAAGGUGCUUUCAAAAAUACGUAACUAUUUACAACAACUUGGGCGAAGGAUAGAUGAAAUUGUCAUUGAUCAUGAAGAAGAGCCAUAUAAGCAAGAUAGAAUGACUGUUCGGCUGUGGAAAUAUGUCUCCACCUUUUCCCAUCUUUCAGGGGAGAGGCUUCAUCAAAUAUAUUCCAAACUUAAACAGGAGCAACAAGAUGAGGCAGGGGUUGGCCCCUCAAAUGCCAAUGGUUCAGCAUCUCUUUCAUUUGGCAGAAAUGGAAACCCAUUUGCUCACCAACUGGAGAGGCCAAGAAGAUUAAAAAAUGUUACAACCUACCAAAUGCCAGAACCAGUUAAUAGUACAGGGAAAUCUGAGGCAUGGAAACGAAGAAGAAGAGCUGAAAGUGAGGACCAUUUCCAGGGUCAGCCACCACCUCAAAGAACCAUGAGCAACGGUAUUCGUGUCACUGAUCCUAGUGCACUUGGUAUCCUUGGUGCUGGACCAUCUGACAAACGUUUUGCCGGUGAGAAACCGUUUAGGGCACAACCUGGUGGGGGCUUUCCUUCAAGGCAAGGCUUCUCUUCAGGUAUAAAGUAGCUAGCUUUUUGGGUUCAACGUGGCUGGUUCUCUGAGUGUAGGCAGCUAGCUUUCACUCAACAUGCACACAGCUUCAGCUAUUGUAUAUUCUCUGGAAUUUUUUUUCCACCCAUGGGAAUAAGAGCUUGCAGAUCCAUUUUUGGUGUCCUUUGGUGGGUCUGAGAAAUAUCCCAGCAUAUGGGAUUUCCAUCCUUGAAACACGUGGCUGAAGCCGAUGAAGAUCUGGCGCAAGAUGAAAUUGAGUCUUGCAGAGUUUCUUUGUUUUUCUACUUUCAGUUACUACCCUCUUGUGAAGAUGAGCCAAUCAAAGUGUUUAGAAAGCAAAAAUCUUGAAUAGAACAAAGAAUAUUACCCACUUGCUAUAGACAUACUUAGGAAAGUGUACAUUGUCAGUUUUGCAAUUUCAUUGAACUUAACUGCUCACUCCAUAAAGUAUUUUAGUUGAUGCAGACAGAAGUGUAUUUGAUUUCGUGGUAAUUAUUAAAAUCUCAAGAUUUUGUAGCUC